AUGCAAUCAAUCAACGAUGCCAGGGCUUCUGGAAUCGCAUCUAAGCCUGUUAUCAAAAAGGUAAAAGUUGUCAACAGAGGCUCAGAAAUCAAGAUGAUGAGCGCCAGUGCAGAGGCAGCAAGAAAGUCCGCCAUGGUUGCUAGGAAAGCUCUCGAUUCGUCUUCUGGAUUGAAACAAAUUCCUCAGAAAGCCUCUGAAGCUACACUUCAACAUUUCAAGGGAGCCAUCGAAAAGCAAGCACCUAAAAAAGCGCACAAGGCAAGUAUCGCAGUGAACCACAACACGGCUUCAAAUCCUCACUCCAUGCAUCUCGACAUGAAAAAGCCAAGAAUUGGACAGCGAGAUGAGCUCGACCCCAUCCCCAAGAAGCACAAUCUUAUGAACACCAAGAGGAACACACUGGCUAAAGAAAACGAGCAUCGCAAGGCGCUGUUUCUUGAGAAGGGCAGUGGACACAAUAUAAGCCCAAGGCGCCAGGCUGCGCUACGAAAACAGCCUACAUCUUCCCAAGAUGCAACGUUCCAGCGUAUCAAGGACACUGCAAUAAAGACGCUUGAACAGCGCUGUCGACUAGUCCAGUUGGCACUUGAAGGUUUGAUGCCAUUGCUGAAGAACAACGAGGCUAUUGAGACGGCUGUUGCUGUACUGGAACAGCAAAUCGACCACUAUCGUGUUGAUAUGGAAAAUCUGAAGCUACUUGGAUGUGGUUCGCAAAUGAGUCAUGCUAAGGGUACAUACUACCAGGUACUCCUUGCUUUGGCUUCUUGGGGGCUGGACGUUAGAAAGACGUCGGAAACAAGCGGGCCUGGAAUCCGGACCAAUGGUACCGACAGUGUCAAGGCCAGGAAUCAAGCCAGGGAAAAGGUCGCUCAUCCUCGGAUGAAAGCUUCCGAGCUAGACGCCGGACUAGAUGAUGAAGUAAGUUUCUCUCUUUGUGCUCGCGCAUCACCAGCAACUGACCGGCGUAAGCCCUUCGGCCCUAGUCCAGACAUGGUAUCUGGGCCCGUUCCAACGGGCUUAGGGACAAGACUUAGCCUAUCACCCUAUCCCAAUUCUUUCUCAGUGCCAUCCAGAUCGAGUAAAUCCUCCAUAUUGAAGACCCAACGGCCUUCGACCACAUCCAUCGCUCAUCUACCACCACCACGAAGCAUGAGCAUCGUUGAUACAACCAAGAACAACAAACCAUAUACGGUCAAUGGCUUUAAAGCAGCGAGAACCUCACGCAAUGCUAUUGCGACGGAAAAGAGUGAGGAUACGAAGCUGGGAUUCUUUCAUAGGAAGAACGACAAUGUUGCCGCUGGUGGUGGUGGUGCCAAGCCGAGAUUGCAUGUCAACAGCCAUGGCGAUUUGAAGUUGAGGAAGAGAGCGGUUGAGAUCGAUCAGGGCAAGAAGCGUAAGCGAGAAAUCAUCCACGAGAGUGCUAACAAGCGGGUGGAGCUUGAGGGGAGACUAUCUGCACCCUUUAGAGCUCGUCGUGUUGGCACUAUGAAGGACCCAAUGAACAUGGACACGUGUGCUGAGCUGUCUUGUGUAGGACUUGGCUUUGCCAACUAA